AUGAAAAAUAGUGAGAAUCUAUAGAGCUACGCAGUAGAAAAAAGAAUUGGUGAAGGUGCAUUUGCAAUAGUGUAAAUCUCAGAUCUUAUGAAAGAUAUUUAGCUUAGGUGCAAGAGAGUGGAGAGAAAGUUGCAAUAAAAAAAGCUCCGAUAGACAAAAAAUAUAAAAACAGAGAGCUGGCCAACUUAAAAUUACUGGGAGAACAUCCAAACAUUGUGGCCUUAAAAGAUGCAUUCUAUGUGGUUGGUUAAAAGUAUAAAUUCUAUACAUUACAUUCAUCUUAGUGAGGAAGUUUACAUUAAUUAUGUGAUGGAAUAUAUGCCAGACAAUUUAUCUGAUUAUUUGAGGAAUCUGAAGAAGCAGAAACAAUAGUUAACAUAGAUUCAAUUACAGAUCAUAACGUAUUAACUAUUACGUGGUCUGGCCUUCAUACAUGGCAAGGGCAUGGCACACAGAGACAUCAAACCUCAGAACAUUUUAAUUGAUGGAACAAUCGUAAAAUAUUGUGAUUUCGGAUCUGCUAAAAUCAUUUCAGGUGGAUAGAUCAACACUUCCUAUUUAUGUUCCAGACAUUAUAGGGCACCUGAAUUGAUAUUUGGAGCCACCGAUUAUUCUACUAGUAUAGAUAUCUGGUCUUUGGGAUGUGUCUUUGCUGAACUCAUUUUAUUGGAACCGCUAUUUCCUGGCGAAAGUUCUGUUGAUCAAUUAGUCGAAAUUAUGAAGGUCUUAGGAACUCCAACAGCUACUGAUAUUGCAGAAUUCAAUGCUUCUAAUACAGAUUUUAAAUUUCCUUAAGUCAAAGGACAUCCAUGGUCUAAAGUCUUUUUAAAAUAUAAACCUGAUCCCCAAUUCAUUGACUUAAUUAAGAAGAUGGUUAGGUAUUAAUUUUCAUCAAUGCUAGUUACUAACCUUAACAGAGAAUCAAACCGUUUAUGGCAUUGAUGCAUCCAUUCUUUAAUGAUCUGAGAGAAUUAAAGAAUGAGGAGGUUCCAAAUAAACUUUGGCAAUUCACUCCAGAAGAAGAGAACAUUUUUGGAAAACAGCCAUUAAAACAUCUCAUGCCAUCAUGGUGGAAAGGUGGAAGAUGA